UAAUGAGCAGCUAUAUAAUUGCAGGUUCAGCAGAUAAAGAAGAAAUGGCUAUAUGUGAAAAUAUUCUUAAUUAAAUAAAAUCUUUAUUUUUUAACAUUGACUUUAGAAUAAUAAUUAAAGAUGAAUCUGAAUGGAAAAACUACAUUAAUGAAAUUUGCAGAAUAUAUGGAUUUAAAAAAAAACUAAAUCCAAUAAUUUUUACUUUAGAUGGAUAUUUAAUUGGAAGUUUAGAAAAUUUCAAAGAACUAGCUUUAUCUAAAUUCGGAAUUGAUAAAUAUGAUAAUUUAGUUACAAAAGAGAAAGAAAUGGAUUAAAUUCAUGAUACAAUUUUAAAUGAAUAAGAAGAAGAAAUUGAAUAAAUUUCUAAUGAAAAUAUUGAUGAAUAAGAAUUAUAAUAAAAUGAGAUUUUUCAAAACUAAGAAAAUCCUGAAGAACAAAUGCCAAGGUUUUUGUUAAAAUAGUGGAGAUGCUCUGUAUGA